GUUUUCGAGAGCUGGAUUGUUUCGUGAUCUACAGGGACCUUGGCCUUUCUUCCCCAACAUGGCUGCAUCCAACUGCCCUCCAGACGACUUUUCAUGCCCAGUGUGUUUGGAAAUUCUAUGUGACCCAGCUACUCUUCCUUGUGGUCACUCCUACUGCCUUCAGUGCAUCCAGAAGCACUGGGAUAAAGCUUCUGCUAAGGGUCAGUACUCUUGUCCUCAGUGUAGACAGGUGUUCAAUCCUAGGCCCUCUCUGGGAAGAAACAACAUGCUGAUGGAAGCCAUGAAGAAACUGCGUGUGGGAGAACAGGACAAGUCUUUACCGUGCACUGUUGUGCCAGUGAACCCUUCUCUCCAGCCAGCAGCAAAAAGGUCUGAUGGAACUACAGGACCUGAUGAAAAGACAGCAGUGCAGGGAGGAUUAUACCCUCAGCUCCCAUCCAAUUCACCCAAGCUGUGUCCGUUACACAAACAAGUGUUGGAGUUCUAUUGCUGUGAUGAUAAAGAAAUUGUGUGUGAUGAAUGUAGCCUCAUAGAACAUAAGGGUCAUCGAGUAAUGAAUCCAGAUGAAGAAAUGGAGCAAGAGCUGUCAAGAAAGAAAGAAAAUAUACAAAGAAGUGUUCAAGAAAGAGAGAGGAUCAUUCAGACACUACCACAGAUUUUUCAAGCUAACAAGACUGCCAUUCAGCGGCUGCAGACAGAAAAUCUGGAAGUUUUCGGUGACGUAAUGAAGAAUGUGGAAUUAAUGAGCUCACAAGUAAAUGAACUCCUUCGAGCUUAUGAGGCCUCCUGUUACCAUCGUACAGAGGGCCAUGGCUAUAAACUACAGGAGGAGAUCAGACAACUAUACAAGCAAGAUGCAGAGCUACACAGCCUAACUAAGCCUCAGGACUCCAUUCAGUUCUUAAAGACACUUGACACCACAGGUGGUGUGGAUGCAUUUGGAAAUCCACAGCUGGAUAUUGUACACCUAGAGUCAGUAGUGUCUGGGAUCAGAUCAGCUCUUGGAGCUUUCCGAGUGGGGCUGCAUGAACUAUGUAAAGGAAGCUUGACCAAUAUCUUCAGAGCCGUGAAUGAUGCACAAAAUACAGCAACAACAAAUAAUGCUCAGGCAGCAGAGAAAUGCCCCGAUCCCAGUCAUUUGCAGGGAGCUUCAGAAAAUACAGCUCCAGAAAUGACUCCUGCAUCCAGUAACAGUGACAGUAAACCUAAAACCACAUCACUUCAGCAUCCAACAGCUUCUUCUGCAAAUUCAGAGAAGAAAGUGACUUCCCUAAGUACAGAAAAUCUAGCACCUAAAUCAAGGGAGGAAAUGCUAAAAUUCCGCUUUGAGCCCACGAUGGACCCCAACAGUGCUUAUCGUCACAUCCGCUUGUCUGAUGGAGAUCGCAAGGCCAGUCUCCGAGCAGAAAACCAGAAUUACCCACAGCACAAUGAACGCUUUGUCUACUGGAGACAGGUCAUAUGUCGGGAGCCUUUGGCGGGAAGUCCUUACUACUGGGAGGUGGAAUGGACAGGACAGAAGGUCACUAUUGGUGUAACCUAUAAAGACAUUGGGCGCUCCCCAGCAGAUGACAGCUCUAGACUUGGCCAUAAUGAGUUCUCAUGGAGCCUGUACUGGUCAGGCACAGCCUUCUCUCUGUGGCAUGCAGGAAAGGAAACUGCACUUGCUGCUCCUAAAGCCCGGCGCAUCGGGGUCUUUUUGGACCAGCAGGCAGGUGUGCUGGCCUUCUACAGGGUCUCUCACAACCAGGCCCACCAGAUCUGCUGUGUCGAAACUGAAUUUAGCAGAGCUCUCUACCCUGGUUUCCGCUUCUGGUCUGGUGUGGGUUCUACCAUUACCAUUUGCCAGCUGGAUUGAGUGAUGAAGGCUGAUGACGAUCCUUAUUUGCAAACCUAUUUGACUGAUACUGCACUGUUUGUUUUCACUUAAAUGCUAAUGUACGGAGACCUUUGAUUUUGAUGUCAGUGAAGUGAAUAGUUUUACCACUAGAUGUUGCUGCAAGCAUAUUUCACUGAGACAUCUCAGGAACAGAGCACUCUGUGGCCACCUCAACUGUAUAAAGUACAGGGGUUUGAUGCUGGUGUCAUAAUUUAAAACUGCUACAGAUGAAGCGACAAAUUAAAGGAAAAAAGUUAAAUAUAAAAGGGUGUAAUGUUAAAACAAAAGUUCUUUAUAAGGUGUUGUCACCACAAGCUGCUAGAAUAGUUUAAUGCUACUUAGCAAGGAUUAGACAAGUCUCCGUAAAUGGAACAACAAACAUCGUUCUUCCAAAUGAUAUUGCAAAUGAAUAUUUCCACACUCUUGUAUAAAUACUAUUACUAUUAAAUAUAAAAUACUAUAUAAAACUAUUUAGUGGCUGUUUUAACUGAAAUGUUGGUAUAUGAAUUUACACUGAUGCAUUUGUCUGGAGUUUUGAACUGAUAAGCAUGUAAAUAAUAAAUAAUAAUUAAAAGCAGAACUUCACUUGCUGUAUGUCCUAUUGCAUUAAGAAAAUUGCAUGAAAAUUAGGGUCAUCACAUGAUGUAUGUCAGUGAUUUUUUUCACUUUUUUCAACAACGUUUUAUAUAUAAACAAAUCCCUUAAUAUUGAAUCAUUUAUUUCAAAAGCAUAAAACUAUUCAAAUAUUGGUUUCAUUUUCAGUUUGUAUUCUUCCUGUAUCACUACAUGUUA